AUGUCUGAACUGCAGCAGCUCAAAGAUCAACUUAAAAUCCUCCAAGAAGACGUGUUGAAACAAAAGAAAGUUCUCCAGAAAACCACUCAACAGCUUCUUGAAUAUCAGGUCGAAGACACUAGAAGGAAGUUGCAGGAACUACCUACCCCCAACGCUGAAAUUGAUCUUUCGGAUUAUACUACAAACGACGACAUUAUUCAGCUGGUUGGUGAGCUUCAAGGUCAACUUGACAUUGUGGAAGAGAGGGCAAUCAGAAGAACGGCUAACUCUACCAUAACUCUUGAUAGUGAAAGAAAAUUAGCGCCUUUACGCAACAACGAUGGAGAAGAGCUAUUAGACUUUCCAACUACUCUCAAGCAAUUUUCAGAGAUUGAUGACGAUUUGCUAAUAGAGCUGUUGAGAUUCUACGACCUGCUACCUCUUACUAGUGCUGAAAAGAACCAAUACCAGGAAUUUAUCGAUGGCAGUGUUGACGUACCAACUCUCCAAGUUGACGUGUCAUCGAGCGAUUUCUCAAAAAAAGAAUUGGAUGAGUUAUUUGAUACAUUGGCAAGAUACAUUGGUGUAACCUUUAGAAGAGGUGAUUCAUGGUAA